AACGAGACACCUUGCACCAUAGACGGCUGCCUGCAACCUCCUGGUAUCUCUGUGAGCUGUCUCCCACACACGCCUUCCUAAGAUAUAAAAGUGGAUAGAGACACAGCCCUCUUCAGCACACAGAAUUCCUUGGAGCAGUGAAACCCCGGCGUGGGAUCCUCUGAGCCGCUCGGUGGGGAUUACCCAGAGGCUACGAAGAACCAGCUGCCAUACCCCAGCCAGCCGUUUACCCCGAGGGAAUUUCACCGACUCGUCGAACUAAGUCAACGGCAGAAGAAUGGGUUGUAAAUGCUGCAAGAAGAACAAGAAUAGCGAAGAGCUCACUGACGUCGAGAGGGCCAUCGAAAUCGUCAUCAACAACUUCCACUGUUAUGCUGUGAAGGGCCGGAAAGAGUGCCUCACCCCCAAUGAGCUAAAAGACCUGGUCGGGCAGAGACUGCCACAUUUAGCAAAGGGAAUGGGCACGUUGGACAGCAAAAUUGAAUGCCACGGAGAUGCAGAUGAUGCCAAACUGCAGUUCGGCGAGUACUGGGACAUCAUGGGAGACGCAGCCAAGGGCUGCAAAGGCCAAAAGAAGUAAGAAGACCAGAACCCAAAGGCCUAGGACCAUUUACACAGAAAGAACGAGAGACAGUCUGCCUUGAUGUUAAUGAGUUGUCAAUUCAGUGUUAAUAUUUUGGGGGUUCCCUCCCCAUUCCUCAGGCUCUGGAGUAUCAAAGAGCUUUUUUUCCUUCAAGUCAAGAAUCUUUCAGUUUUAUAGCCCAGGUUUUCUGGCUGGGUGAAAGCUCCCUUCUUCAAGAUUUUUUUUUUCUAGAGCACCACAGUCACUAGCUUUCUAGAAUGUUUGUAUUCUAGGUUAAUGACCACUCAACUCUAGAAUCUGGAGAUGGAGAGUUUGUUUAUGACACCACAUCUGGAACCAUAAAAUAUGAUUUUAGUAUGUAAAAAAUUCUGCUCAGAUCGUAAAUUUCUGGAUUGGUAUCCAAUGAUGUUUCAUUUGUUUUAGACUGUUUUAGAUAUUCUAUUUGAAAUUUACCAGUGUUUUACUUGAAACAAAUUUUGAACCUCUAGAUCCAUCAAGAGUUGGUUUCUUCAACUCUGGAUCUCAAACACCGCGACACUGUAUUUUCCUCCUUUCCAGACCUGGAAUCCAGAAUCCUAUAAUUAUUUGCUCCAGACUCUGGAAAUGUAAAAUAAUAAACAUUGAAAACCUUCAAAUC